GGUCGAUGCAACGAACCGCCAGAUAGUCACAAUACAGAGUGUCACUUCCGUUGACAGACAAAUCAUUGUCAGUGUGAAACGAGUAUUGCCUGCAACAGCAAUGUAUUCAGACGUCAUCCUACGUAGAUCGUGUUAAUAUAGUUUUCUGAUCUUUUUUAACUAUAUUUAAGAUGCAACCAAGAAAAAUUCGAUGGAUUAUUCAAAUUGAGGAAGAUCCAUGGCAAGGUGAGAGCGUCGAGGAACAAAUUUCCAGCAUUAAAGAUGAGCGAGAAGACGUACAAAAGAAAACGUUUGCAAAAUGGAUAAAUUCGCAGCUGCUUAAGAAUCACCACGAGCCGAUUUCUGAUUUGUUCGUUGACUUGAGAGAUGGCAAUCGAUUAUUGUCCCUGUUGGAAGUUCUCACGUCGAAAGUCUACAAAAGAGAACGCGGCCGAAUGAGAGUUCAUCAUCUGAAUAACGUUAAUAAAGCUCUGCAAAUUCUCGAGCAGAAUAACGUGAAACUCGUAAAUAUUAGCAGCAACGAUAUAGUUGACGGGAAUCCUAAGCUAACACUCGGAUUAGUAUGGAGUAUUAUUCUACACUGGCAGGUACAUUAUCAUCUGAAGGACUUGAUGACGGAAUUACAACAGACAAAUUUGGAGAAAACUCUUUUAGCAUGGUGUCGUCAGAAUUCACAGAAUUAUCCUGGAGUUGAUAUUAAAAAUUUCACGACGUCUUGGUCGGAUGGUUUGGCAUUCAAUGCGAUCCUGCAUAAAUGGAAACCACAUUUAUUCGACUUCAAUAAUAUAGCGCGCAAACAUCCGAAUGCUAGAUUAGAUCACGCAUUUCGUAUUGCUCAAGAACAAUUGGGUAUCGAACGUUUGUUGGAUCCAGAAGACGUGAAUACAUCGGUACCGGAUAAAAAAUCAAUAAUGAUGUACGUUAUGUGUCUUUUCCAAUCAUUACCCCAUUCCGGAGAUGAUAUCGGCGAGCUCGAUUUAUCAGUAGCUAGCGAUAAUAGUCCUGUUACAACCCCGGGAGCAGAGAAUACACUGUCUUUUACGAAUUUUGGAACGCCUGCAUCACGACCGAUGAGUCUCGCAACGAACGUGUCCGUGGAACUUGGUGGUUAUCAAGUUGCUCUCGAGGAAGUUUUGACCUGGCUUCUGGAGGCAGAAGAUAAAUUAAAUCACGUCCCGGAACCUGGAUCUACUUUGGAAUUAUUGAAGCAACAAUUUCACGAACACGAGACAUUUUUGGUGGAAUUGUCGGGACAUCAGGACGGAGUCGGUGCCGUAUUGGAGGAAGGUGCGAGAUUAUUAGCAGAAGGUGGUUUACACAAGGAUGAGGAGCAUGAAGUUCGAGUUCAAAUGUCGUUAUUAAAUUCUCGAUGGGAAGGACUUCGAAUGCGUGCGAUGGAAAGGCAAACCAAAAUUCACGAGGUUCUCAUGCAAAUGCAGCAAGGCCAGUUGGAUGCACUGCGACAGUGGUUAACAAGAACUGAAGAUAGAAUUUCGCUAAUGGCAGCGAUUGAAUUGAAUCAAUCUGCUUUGGAUGAACAACUGAAUAAGUUAAAUGAACUAGAACAAGAUAUUGCAGCACAGCAGGGAGUCGUCGAUGGUAUGAAAAACAUGGUAGUUGUCGUGGAUGAAGAAAACUCCGAAGCAGUUUAUACGCAAAUGCAAGAUCAAUUAUCUGCUCUCGGAGAGCGAUGGAUCCAUAUUUGCCAGUGGAAAGAAGAAAGAAGGCAACGUUUGCAAGCUCUUUCUUCGCUCUGGCAAAAUGUUAAUGAUGGUUAUAAAAGACUAGUAUCAUGGUUGAAUGAAACUGAAAUUACGUUAAAACAAAUGGAAGCAAAUCCAGCGUCUGAGAUUGGCGAAGUGUUAGAAAGGAUUAAAAAAUUACAAAUUUUGAAAAUGGACAUGGAUACGAAUCAAAGAAAGUUAAUGUCUUUACAAGAAUCAGUUCAAGAAUUGGAAGGACGAACUACUUCACCAGAAUGUGUUAAUAUAUUAGAAAAAAUUGAAAAUUUGCAAGAUCGCUGGGAAGCGGUAGGACAGAUAAUGGAAGUACAGACGCAAAGGAUAACAAACUCGGGAUUUGAAUUUGACCUAAAGACUAAGAGGGAAACAACAGUAAUUACCGGCAAUGAAUGGAUGUCUGAAACAAUAACAAGUAUCGCUUAUAAAGAAGAAAUUGCUGCAGCUUCCACACCUCACAGUGAUUCGAAAAAACGUCGUGUAGAUAGUACAACUAAACAUGAAUUCGAAUCUGCGUUACAUAAUCUGUAUAAAUGGCUUGAUUAUGUUGAUUUAGAAAUUGGACGAUCGGAAGGAGUAUUUGAUGAAUUGAGCAUUGAAGAAAAGAAAGUCGUUUACAAUGAUACAAUAGCUGAUAUAGAGGCACACAAAGAUGAUUAUAAUAGAGUUUUGGAAUUAGGAAAACAUCUUCUUGGAGAACUAAAAGAUGCGAAUGAAUCGAUCGAAGCAGAAGAGACAAAAAUUAAAGACAUACAGAACUGUUGGAUGGCAACUAACAAUCGGCUUGAAGAAAUAAAAUCUCGUAUAGAAUACCUGGAAGAAGUGAAAAAGUUUCGAACAGAAUUGGCUAGUUUAAAUUUAAUGUUAGACAGCUAUUCUAAAUGGUUCGAUUCGAACAAGGGAAACAGUCAAGUAGAACCAUUCAGGGUAAAAUUGAAAUCAAUGAAAUCUCACGAGGAGCGUAUUAGAAAAUUGUUAGAAAAAAUCAAAGAAUUGUCAGAAAAUCAAACCGGUGGUAAUGAAACAGUUAAUUUAAAUAUUGAAAUACAAACUUUUGUUUCUAACUGGGAAAAAUUAUAUAAAAUACUCUCUGAAAGAUUAACUGAAUUAAAUGAAGCUGUUGAUAAAACACCACCAAAAAGGUAUACAGACGCAGUUGCUAAUCUUACUUCUUUUAUUAACAAUGUGGAGAGCAUGUUAUUGUCAGAGCACAUAGUGAUGUCAGAUGAUAAAACAAUGACGGAACAAUUACAAAAAUUCAAUGAUUUACAAAAUUCUUUGAAGGAACAUCAAGAGAUUUUUAGUUAUGUAAACAGUGUUGGACAUGAAUUAAUUAUGAAAACCAGUGGAGAUUGUCAGGGACAAAGACUUAAAGAUGCAUUACAAGAUCUUAUCACCAAAUGGAGUGAUAUCCCUAUAAUAUUAGAAGAGCGUCAACAAAAUUUGUUAAAAGAUAUACAGUCUUUAAAGGUAUUUAAUGACGAACUUUCGGGUCUCGAAAAUUGGCUUGAAAAAUCGAGUCAGUAUUUAGAAGAAUUAUCGCAAGAUAGUGUAUCAAAUAAUAUUGAAAGUAUGGAACUUAAAUUAAAGCAAAUUCAAUCUUUUUGCGAAGAUAUAAAUCAAACCAAACCUCAAAUAGAAAAACUUCAAAUUUCUACAAAUAGAUUACUGGAAAAUUCUGAACCAAAAUUUGCGAAUAUAUUAAACAAUAAGUUGGAAGUUGUAUCGCAUAAAUGGAAUGCUAUUGUUGACGGUGCUAAAAGUUUAAAUGACAAAUAUGAGGAUACAUUGAAAAAAAAUGAUGAAAUAAUAAGUGGCAUAGAAGAUUUUACGAAGUGGUUGUCGACCCUAGAAAAAGAAAUACCAGUUGAAACUAAAAUAACAUCUUCGGUUGAAUUGUUUCAAGUUCGUGGCCGAUAUCAGUCAUUAAAAGAAAAGAUAGAUAAACGAGUAGAAGAAUUUAGAAAUCUUAAUGAAAUGGGUAAUGAUAAAUUGUUAAGUUCUGAGGGAUCUUCGGUGCAAGAACUUGGUAGACGGUUUACGUUUUUAAAUGCUCGGUGGACAGACGUCACUGAUCGUAUUUAUGAACGAUAUAGACAUUUGCAAAAUGCCAGCCACGAGUAUGGUGAAUUCCGCGCUUUAGUUGCACAAGAAAGUGAUUGGUUGGAUAAAUUAGACAAACGAUUGAAAAGAUCAACAGAAAGGGCUGCAGAUGCUGAAGAAAUAUCAGAGGAACUUGACGAUUUGGAGAAUUACAUACGAAAUCAUCCAGAAUUAAGACUUGAAAAGAUACAAGAAAUUGGUAAACAGUUAAUUGAAAGUAAUAUCAUGACACAUUCCAUUCAAGCAGAUGUAGAAAGCUUAACAAGUCGUUGGGAGAGCUUAAAUAAUCAGGCAGGGCAGCGAGCAAAGCUGCUGGAAGGAUCAGUGAAGCAAGCACAACAAUCAGAAGGACGUAUUCUUGCCCUUCAGCAUUCCUUAACGCAAAUAGAUUCUGUACUAACUGCACGUCUUGACUGCGACCUUACUGCUGAUGAUUUACCUCAUGAUUAUCAGAAAUUAAUGGAAGAAAUGGAGCACCAACGUUCAACACUGCAAGAAAUGGCAUUGCAAAUUGAAUCAUAUAAGGCUUCUGGAAAACAAGAAGCUGCACUUCGAUUGCAAGAACAACUAACUCUUAUUGAACAAAAAUUCUCCGAAGUUCAAAAGAAAUUCCAACGUUUUCGAUGUCCAACGAAUUUAGAACCGAGAUUAUCCAGAGCUUUGCGAGAACUGAGAGGAAUAGAAGAAGCAACUUGUCUAUUAGAAUUAUCAUCAGAAGAUCCAGAAGCUAUUGAAGGUCAACUUAAACAUUGUCUGCGCUUUUAUCAAACAUUAAGCGAAAUUAAAAGUGAGAUAGAAAAUAUUAUACUAACAGGUAGAAAACUAGUUGAAGAAAAAAGUGUCAGUGAACCAGAAAAAUUUUCACGACGAAUUGAUAUGUUAAAAGAAUUAUAUAACAAGUUGGGUUUACAUAUAACUGAGUCAAAAGCAUGUUUAGAAACUGCUUUGGAUUUAUCACGUGAUAUGUAUAAAAAUAUGUCUUACAUUAAUAUGUCCAUAGAUAGUAUAAACAAAGAAUUAGAUACACAGAAAAACAUGCCUGAUCUUCCAGUUAAUGCAAUAUAUGUACGAGAAACCCUGACAGAAGUAAUACCACGAUUAAAUGUUGUGAAAGAUAAGUUGCUAAAUUCUCAGGAAGAAUUUUCCAAACUUUGUAAUCCUAUGUAUUUAGAGCAACUAAAAGAGAAAUUAUCAGAUGUUGUUACAAGAUUAGCAAAUACUGAAAAGAGACUAAAAUUAUGUAAUGCUUCAGAGGAAGAACCUAAUGUUGAUGAAAUAAGAGCCUGGCUGUUACAAGUGGAGGAAAAACUAAAUAAAUUAGAUGGUGUCCCAGUUGAUCAGUUAACGGAAAAUCAUUUUGAACAAUGCAAAGCUGUUCAGAGUGAAAUGAUCGAGGCAAAACCAAAAGUUAAUCAACUUCAACGUUAUACUUAUUAUCCAAGAGUUUCAGAUGUUUGCAAGAAAUGGGAGGAUAUAUCUAAUAGAAUACAGGAAUGGAUCCACAAAAUCACAGACAGUUUAUUAGUAAAAAGUAAGGUGGGAGAAACUAAGGGGAGAGACAAUUAUGGACGCACUAAAUUGUCUAAACAGCCGGAUCAAACUUCGGUGCAACUAGCUAGAAAAGAAAAUAAAUUAAUAGAUGAAAAUGAGGAGGUAUACGGUAUAGGAUAUCUUAAUCCUGCAUUUGAUGAAAGUCAAUGUAAUUUUAUACAUACACCUGAGAGUUCACCAGUUGAUAUCGUUCAUCGAAGUCGGAAAUCUUCCGCAAAAUCUGAGAAAGUAAAAGCUAAAAUCGUAGAUGUUAGUAGAACUGUUAGACGAAAAUUAGAUAUGAGUUCUAUACCCGAUGUUGUUCAAACUUCUCAACCACAAGUCGUUCACAUAGAUGAUGAUCCACCUUCUUCAUCUCCCGAUACAGACGUAUACAUGGCCGAUGAAGAAUUUUUUUUGUCGAAAAAUAGCACAUUAUUUUCCCAAGUUUCUUCUAAUACACUGGUUACAACAGAUUCAAAACCGUUCAACUAUAACACACAGAUGAAUCCCUUCCGUAUCGUUGAAGUGAAAGAAAUGGAAAUAGUAAAAUCAAUUGCAUCUCCCGAAGAUCACGUAAUAUUACCAAGUGCGAAUGUCAGUGUAGGAUUAAUGCCGCAAGUUGUUGAAAGAGUAGAAAUUAUUGAAGAUACAGAAACAGAACCAGAAUCAAUUGAUACUGAUACAGAAGAUAAAGAAUCUAGGGUAAAAAUUUGCAGUACAAUUAGUAGUGGGAAUCAAACUGUUAAUAAGAAAAGAGAACUCAUUCCUAUCCUAAAAAAGAAAACAACAAUAGAUCCAUAUUCGGCAAAAAGCGUUAAAAAAUUAACUCUUAAAUUAGAUGUUGAGGCUGAUGCACCGGAUAAUCAAAUUUCGAAUCGCAAACCACUAAAAAGUCCACAAUUUUCGUGUAAAGUAAAUAAAUUUGAAAAAAAUACCGUAUUGAAAGAUACGGAUAGUAUAGCUGAAUAUCUUAUACUUGAAGAUAAUGAAAUGAGUACAAAAUUGAGUUCAAAAAGUACUGCUGGUUUUUCUGUCACAUCAGGGAUUAAUUCUGCAAAAAACAGGAAAGAACAUAGUAGUGACAGAGAUAUUAAUACUGAGAAUCACAACGUUGAUGAAAAAAACACAAAAUUAUUGUUGUUCAGACGUACUAGAAGUAUCUCAAAAGACGAUACAUUAGAAGAUUGUGAAAGCUUCUACGGAAGCGAUAAAGAAACUGAUGAUGUUUUAAUUUUUUCCGAUGACACGGAAAUUGAUGUUGGAAGUUCCAGCUCAGAUGGAGAAGAUCCAAAUUUAGGAGAGCAUGUUGAGCACCUCUUGGGCAAGAUUCAGGGUGAAAAAUUGUCACAGGAAAUACAACAGAAAGGAGAGGUAAAAGUUUCUAGCGAAAAGAGAUCUUUUAAAAUGUCAACUACUUUAUCCAGAACUGGUUUGGAAAAAAACAUUUUGGAAUUUGAGCAAGCUGCACAACGGAUGUUACAUAGAAUGGAUAUCAUGUUGAUGAGCAUUAGUGGCAUUACUAAUGAAAAAGAUCCAACUAAACGCCUGGAGAUUCUAAAAGGAGAAGUUAGCACUCUUGCACCAGAUGCAGCAGCGUUGAUCAGUAGAGGUGAUGGUUUAGUCAUGACAGUGCACAUGUCCGAUCCCGUUAGAGCUGAGAAGAUAAAAAACGAACACCAGGAUAAAUUAAGAAGUAAAUGGCAUCAAGUUAUGUCUGAAAUAGAAACAAGACGUACACAAGCACAACGAGGAGAGGAAAUAUUACGACAGUAUAAUAAUAUAGUAGCAGAAUUUGAAGACUGGUUUCGCGAUGUGCCAUUGAAACUUGAACAAGUAAAUAAUUACGAGGGUCAGUUAGAAUCGUUUACUAUAGAAUUUGACGCUAAACAAGAACAGAUUAAAAAAUUAAAUGACAUAGCUGUUGAAUUGAAAAGAUUAAAUAUUGGAUAUUCCGAAACUGUACGAUAUAGUAUCAACAAUAGAUGGCAAGAAGUUAGUUCACAAUUUAAGAGAUUUAGUGGUAGCAAAGAUAAGGACAAACAUGUAACAGACAAGAAAGUUGAAAUGGAUGUUGGAGGAGUUGAUAUGCAAGAAUUUACUGCAAGAGUCAAUAAGAUUAGAGAGGCUGUCGUGACUGUGACAAGAUCUUUAAAUUCUAUACCACUGAAUGGUGAUGAUUAUGAAAUGUUUUCGAGUCAAGAAGAGUGCUUGAAAAAAAUUAGUAACGCAUUAAAUAUUCUAAAGCCGAGUCUUGAAGAGAUCAACACUGCUUUCGAAAAUGUUGCUUCACAAUUAAGAAGAGAGCAAGCCGAACAAAUUAGACGUUUAAGUGAUAAAUUACGAGACGAAUGGAUAAAUGUUAAUCAAAGUUACGUAGAAAGACAUAAUCGUUGGAAUAAAUGUUAUGAAAAGUGGAAAGAAGUUUGCAAUACAUGCCGAACGUUUUCUGACUGGAUGGAUAAAACGGAGGAGUCAUUACAAAAAUCAAAUUCUUUUGGUCAAACUAAAGUAUCAAAAACAAAAAUAUUUGAACUAGAACAAGAUGUUUCCAGAAUGCAAAGAAUUAUGAAUAAUAUUAAUGUUUCAAGCGCUAGUAUUUUAAGUCGUGCUAAAACUGAAGAUAUGGUGGAAUUAAGAGAAAUGAUUGAAACGAUAAAGCGACGUUGGCAAAAUAUUGUAACAGAUAUAAAUACUCGAAAAGAAAAGAACUUUGCUAUGGAGAAGAAAGUGAAUAAUGAAAGCAGAAUCUUAGAAAGUGCUCAUAACAUUUUGGAGCAGAUUAAUUCUUUAUUGGUGUCAGCAGCAAAUCCUUCAGAUGAGACUUCUUUAUCAAUAAGAUUGUCAUUAAUUAAGGCUAGACAAGAAGAACUCUUUUCCCGCAAAAGGGCGUUACAAAAUUUAAUAAAUCAAAAUGGUAUUCCCCCGGCAGAAGACGAAUGUAAUAAGUUACUUGCAGAUAUGGAUAAAGCUAAUACAAGCCUUUCCAGUCAUCGCGAAUAUGUCGAAAAUAAACUUGCAUCUCUUAAAAAAUAUAUUAGUACCUUGGAUACAGUUAUGGUGUGGGUUAUGGAAACUCGAACGAGAAUAAAUAUAUCUCGAGAAUUAUCCGAAGAAGAACGAACCGAAAUUAUUAAUAACGUUAUGACUAAAGUCGAAGAUCGAGAAAUGGAAGUAAAAGAUGUAUUAGAGAAUUACACAAAUUUAGAGAAAGAGUGUGAGUCUGCAAAACAACCUAUUUCUAUAGAAUUACAAGAGAAAUUGAAAAAGCUAAGAGAAGAUUGGCAGUUUGUGAAAAAUAAUGGAGAAUUAUCGAGCCAUGAAGUCAAAACCAUGGUUACAAUUGGAACGACGUCACAGGCAAUCGAAGUGGAGAAGACUGCAGGAGCUGCACCGGGGGCAUCGGGUGCAACUGCAGGGGGCCCUCGGGGGUUGACACCUUCCCCUGCCCCCUCGACACCCUCGACCCCCGUUACCACCACUAGUUCUUCGGUCUAUACCACCUCACCCUCGUCCUCGCCUUCACCUUCUUCCUCACCCUCCGCCAUUGUAGCGAGCUUGGACAAAUCGGUGCUGCAGGUAAUUAGUCACGUAAUGAUACAAACUUCUUUAGAGCGAGUGACUUGCUAUAAAAUUGCUUUCCUUCAAAUG